UCCGUGUACCCUCCGUUCCUCUUCCCUCCCCAAUACAAUUAACAAAACCUAAAACCAAACACCUGAUCUUUUACAUUUUCCUAUCUGGAAAAGGGGAAAAAAAAGAAAAGAAACAUGGGCAAAUGAGAAUUUUAGUGUCUCCCAAUCGUGCCCUAAUCUUUUCCCCAAAUUGACAUCUCUGCCCUUUUCCUUCACCUAUCAAAAUAAUAAUCUCUCACUCAAUUUCAAGCUCCAAGCUCCCAAAAGUGUGCUUCUAUUCAGUGGAUCAGACUAGGAUUUCAUCUCAAUUUGGAUUGAUUCUGAGCGGAUGGUUUGAGGGGCUUUUAGAAGUUGCAUGGUCAAUAUAGAGUAAUGGGCAGCAGUGAGAUGGAUAAAACUGCAAAAGAAAAGGAGCCAAAGACAGCGUCUGCUAGUACCAUGCAGGAGCCAACUUCGACCACUAACUCGGGUGCGGACUGGUCAGGAUUUCAGCAGGCAUAUUCUCCCAUUCCUCCACAUGGGUUCUUGGCAUCAAAUCCCCAAGCUCCCCCAUAUAUGUGGGGGGUUCAGCAUAUUAUGCCUCCCUAUGGUACCCCCCCACAUCCUUAUGUUGCAAUGUAUCCUCAUGGUGGAAUAUAUGCGCAUCCAUCUAUUCCUCCAGGAUCUUAUCCUUUUAGUCCUUUUGCUAUGCCUCCUCCAAAUGGCAUUGUUGAGGCUUCUGGAAAUACUCCUGGAAGCAUGGAAACAGAUGGUAAGCCUUCUGAUGUGAAGGAAAAAUUGCCAAUUAAAAGAUCAAAAGGGAGUUUAGGCAGUUUGAACAUGAUUACUGGAAAGAACAAUAAUCUUGGUAAGACAUCAGGAGCUUCUGCUAAUGGAGUUUAUUCUAAAAGCGCUGAAAGUGAAGGUACAAGUGAAGGCAGUGAUGCAAACUCCCAGAACGAUUCACAAGUGAAGUCUGGAGGAAGACAAGAUUCUGGAGAAGGCGAAACAUCCCAGAAUGGAAGCUCUGCACAUGGUCCUCAGAAUGGAGGCCCAAAUGCACCACAUACAAUGGUGAAUUCAACAAUGCCCAUUGUACCUAUAUCAACUGCUGGGGCUGCCACAGCUGUUCCUGGUCCGACAACAAACUUACAUAUUGGGAUGGACUACUGGGGAACUCCAGCUUCAUCGACUAUCCCUGCAAUGCCUGGGAAGGUUCCUUCAACUCCAGUUGCAGCAGGAAUAGUAACUCCUGCUUCACGGGACAGUGUUCAGUCACAGAUUUGGUUACAGGAUGAAAGGGAGCUUAAAAGACAGAGAAGGAAGCAAUCAAAUAGAGAAUCUGCUCGCAGAUCCAGGAUGCGUAAACAGGCGGAAUGUGAUGAGCUGGCUCAGCGUGCUGAAGCCUUAAAAGAAGAGAAUGCCAAUCUUAGAUCAGAAGUGAGUCGUAUCAAGAGCGAGUAUGAGCAGCUUCUUGCAGAGAAUAACUCUCUCAAGGAGAGGGUAGGAGAAAUUCCUGGGAACAAGGAUCCAAAGUCUGGUAGGAUGGACCAACAUACAAAUAAUGAUGAACAAACAGAGCUUGUGCAGGGUAGUCACUAGGAUUCAUACGCCCUGUUUCAUGCUUCUUUCCAGGAGCAUAACCUAACCAAAUUUGCUACAGAAAGUUUUUUAUUCUGCAUAGCAUGUUUAAAUUUCAUCAAAGCUGACCUUGAUAGUUUUUAGGUUCCCUUUAUCCCUUAUAAUCCAUCACCCGUGAUUUGGCUUGUCCUUACAGUCAAAGCCUUGGGAUGGUAUGUAGACUGAUAUUAUGCGAUACCUAUCAACUUUCUCUGUUGAAAGAAGGGCAGUGUGCACAGAACAGUUUAACUUUUCAAGCUUGUUUAUGUUAAAUAUGAUUGAUGAAUGUGUAACUGACAGAAGUAACGAACUCUGAUUCAUUUUAAUGCUUGGAUACUCGCUGUUCUUUGGUUUUGCUACA